AUGGUGAGCCCUAUUGUAACAAUGCAAAAUGAAGUGAUUGGACCUGAAUGGCUGAAACCAAUGCUGAGGGCCGAUUACUUCAUUACCUGCCCUCUUCAUUUGGACUCUCAUAAAAGCGAGUGCAAUUUGUUCUGCUUAGAUUGCAUUGACAAUGCCUUCUGUUCCUACUGUCUGGUCCACCACAAGGGCCAUCGUGUUCUCCAGAUCAGGCGUUCUUCGUAUCAUAAUGUGGUGAGGGUAAAUGAGAUUCAGAAAUAUAUCGACAUAUCGUGCAUUCAGACGUACGUUAUCAACAGUGCCAAGAUCGUGUUCCUCAACGAGAGGCCCCAGCCGAGGCCGGCCAAGGGAGUCACGUACUCGUGCGAAAUCUGUGCCCGUGGCCUGCCUGACUGUUCCAGGUUCUGUUCCCUCGGCUGCAAGCUGAGUGGCAUGGAGAGAGGUGAUGUGGAGCUCUCAUUUCUUGUGAAGGGCAAACACAAGCGGGACGAGUGCGAGUCGUUUGAGGUUUGGACCCCGAAAAAGUUUCAUAGAGGGAAUGCAUUGUUCGUGGGUCGACUCACAACAUCAUUCAGUUCGAGUAGCUCGGGAGAUGAGGUCUCGGGCAAUCUGUCUCCACCAACUCCUCCUUUGUUCAACCACUUUAACUCGAGACGGAGAAAAGGCAUACCCCACCGUGCCCCCUUCUGA